AUGUGGUGUAAUUUUCAAGAAUCCCAAAUUGAAGAUGUAACAAUAUCGAAUGCAUUUUCAUCCCGUGAAAUUUUUAAGAUACAUAGUUCAGAAGAGGUGAAAGAAUAUCCUCGCGUCCUUGCAUCGCUACAAAACAGAAGAAUUGUCAUUUCAGUGGAUAAGAGUUUGAUAUUACUUGAAGAUGAAUUGGCGGCCAAGUGCAGUUUUCUCAGUUUUGAGUCUGAAAUAGACGCUAUAGCAAUCUCAAAAACUGGGAAUUUGAUUUUGGUCGCCUUGCGAGAUGGCGAAAUACACGGUGUUUUCAUUAAAGGCAUUUUAUUAUUCAAUAUUGCUGCAAAUAAUGAAGAUAUAAAUCUAACGGGACGCACUUUUGUAGAUAUACAAAAGCUGGAUAAUUGUUUCUAUAUUAGCUGCACAAAUGGAAGUGUCUAUCGGCUUAGUGAAAUCAAUGAAGCGCCACUCGAAGCGAAUGAGAAUAUCUCGCUAAAUGAAAACGAAACCUACACCUUUAAUGAAACCGUUUUAGAGUCGGUGGUCAUAAAAAAAAUUAUUAGUUGCAGUCAAGGUUUGAGAGAUGUUGAAUCAUCGGUUUUGAUUUUACAAACCACAAAUCAAAACCCUGAAGAGCCCUUACCUCUUUAUAUAGCAGGUGCUCGUAAUGCAGUUUUCUGCAGAAAUGCUGAGGAUGAUGUUUCCAAAGUUAUACUGGCCGAAAAUUUUCGUGGUGUAAAACGCAUAUUUAGCUUGGAAAAUUACAUUUUGGUUCUAACAUUCUCAGGACAUUUAUUAGAAUUCUGUCCUAUAACAAAACUUCUAAAAUAUCCCAAAACGGAAAAGGAACAGGAACUACUAAUUGAGGAUCUUAUAGUCAUGGAGAACAGCGACGAAAAUAUUGAUUUGCUUGUCUUGGCAAAAACCAUGGAAGAUGGAAGCGAACACCUGGUAAAAUUCGUGGAAUAUCCGUCUUUUAAAUGCAAUGGCGAACUGGAAGUAUCUGAGAACGCAUGGCUUGUUCAACAGCCCAAAAGUUCCGCUAAUUUGUAUUAUCUUAGUGGAAGAGAAUUGAAUGAAAUUAACUAUCCAACCGCAAUAGAAAUGGUUUUGGUCUCGGAAACGCAUCCAAGCGAACGGUUUAAGAAACUCAUUUCAAAAGGGCUUUUGGAAGAAGCUGAGAUUUUCGGCAGGCAAUUUGAAUUAUGUUUGCAACCAAUUUAUGAAGCAAAAGCGAAAAAGUUAUUAUUAACAUUAACAACUCUCAGCGAGAAUAAUCCGGAAUUGUUAGAAAAAACCUUCCAGCAGCUACUCGAUAUAAUAAAAAAUAUAGAAAGCAGUGACUUUUUUAGGAAUAAUCGCAUGAUUAAUAUGCCCUCACGUCAUACAUUGGAGCGUUAUUUGCAAGAAAUGCUAAAACAUUUGAAAGAAGAAAAUGAUGAAAUGCACAUUUUAGAGAUAAACGAACAAUUACGUCGUUUGGAAACACUUGCAAUUAUUGAUCCCUAUGAAGUCAAUACGGAAUGGUCGAAAUUUGUUUAUCAUACCAAUCUUGCACAGAAGAUAGUGUCAUUAUUUAAGACAAAUAUGCCUGCGGCUUGUUUAAUUUGGAAACGGCAUACAAGCGCUAUAAUAACACAUUUGAAUGAAAAGGAGAUAUGUCAACUGCCCGCCUUGAUACCCAAUCAUACAGAACCAUUUCACAUUGUGCAAUGGUUACGUCAAUUUGUGCCCACCAUCAGCAAAACACAUCCCAAGUUAACGCCAUACCUUGCUGAAUGGAGUAUACAAAAAACUCGCGCAUUACAAUACGCCGAGCAUUGGCCAGAGAUCGGUUUAGAAUUCGCUAGUAAAGUAGCGGAAGUGUUCGAACAAAUACAAUUUAUGUAUUGCGAUGUUCGAAGACAACAUGAACGCAACAUUACAAAAUUGCGCGAUUUGGUGAAUGCAUUGGAGGAUUUGUCGGUUUUAAAAAAACGUUAUAAUGUAAUAUUCACAUUGGAUCAUUAUUUGAAAGACUCAAUUGACGAAACAGCGCUUCUAAUAUUACAACGCGUACAUUUGGAUAAUUUGAAAAGUCUAGUUAAUGAUUUUCUCUAUCCCAUCUUUCAAGAGAAAGGUCAAACACCCGUGGAAGCAAUACGUCAAUAUAUCUCACUCUUGGUAUUGAAUCGUAAUUCGCUGAGUACUUGGCUGGAACGCUCAGUAGCUUGCAUUGAAUUACUGCACAAUGAGGAUGAUAGAUUAGAGUGCGCACUACUCGUUCUGAAAAAUGCUCCAGUCCCAUGGCCUGAAGUGGUUAGUCCUCUGUUAAAACUACGCUACUCUACACAUCCGAUUGCGGAAAAAAUUAACACGGAAUAUGAAUUUCAAGUUAUAAAAAAUAUGAGAGGAAAAUAUGGCUGGCCAGCAGAUAGUGAUAUAAUAAAUAAUAUGGAGCUUUUUAUGUUCCGCGUUUGCAAGCUGCAACUGCCGGAUAUGUUGGAUGAUGUACGCAUUUUGAUCAAGGCCGCACCGGAAAUAGCAGUAACUGCCAACGCCAAUUGUUGUUAUCAAUUGGUGCGUAAAAAGAAACCUGAGCUUGCGUACGAAUAUUUCAAAUCACUAAGUAAUGAAAAGAACGACAAAACACGCAUAACGGUAAUUGAUAUAUUAAUGGACAUGCUCGAGGAACCCACAACAACAAUGAACGAUGAAGCAAUUGAGGAAGAAAAAAAUUUGAUAGAGUUUCUCAAAUUAAUUGUGCCACAUGCUAAAUGCCAAAGUCUUGAAAAACGCUUACGCAUCAUACAACAACGAUUUGUGCUCUGCCACAAGUUCCGUUUAAAGGUAAGCUCUGCCAGUGAGUUGGUGGCUCAAACCCAACGUUUACAGUUACUCGAUCGUGGCAUUGAGUGCAUAAUGGAUCGUAGUCAAGCAACGGUUAAUGUACCACGUUUUAUCGUCAGCGAAGUAGGCGAGUUAUGCGCUGCGCUGCAAUUGGAAAAAGUUUAUGGGGUAUUGCAAAUAAGUCGGCGCAUACACUGCUUGCCACUGACAAGCGCCUUAGCGUAUGCCGUACUACAACUUGUCGAUUGUACGAAAGAGAAUAAAGAUGAUUUCAUUGGCUUGGCCUUAGAGUUGCUAACACAGCAGAUCUUGGCAUUGCGCAAUAGUAAAGGCGCCAUCGCCAUAAACGCACCAGAAGAAAAUGCCGAUGUACUUGCAUUUCCCUUAGUAUCGGAAUUACUAAUGAAAGCCUCACUAAAAGAUAUUCGUAAAUUGUGUGAAUUAUCAGAACUUUUGAAGUAUGUACAAUUAGCCGCCAACAGCUAUGCAGUCGAUGCUUUAGAAAAUCUCUAUGUGGAAAGAGAGCGUGAAGUCAAUGAGAAUAUAUGCAAGUCUUUGGAUAUUGCUGAAAUUACGCUCGCAGAUACGACACUCAAUUUCUCAGCAGCGCAUAUGAAUGGUUCAUUUAAUGACAAACAGCAGGAGAUAGCAAGGAAACGUUAUUCCGUUUCGGUUUUUGAUCAAAUCGAUGUGCAACUUGAGCAACCGCAUAAAAAGAGUAACAACAUAGAGCUUACUUCGGUUAUGAAAUUUGUCGCGCGUAGUAUUCUGCUACUGAUAACGGAAACUAAACCCACCAACAGCAUGCUGUUGCAAUUGCGCACAAUGUUGGGUGAUGACAUUGAAAAGGAUGCGGUUGUGGACGAUUUCUUCAAUUCUCUGGAACAACUCGCGAAAGCCAAAAUGCAUGAUAUUUGGUAUGUCAUGGUGCAGUAUAUUUUGGAUUAUCAAAAACUUCACGGGUUCAAUGUUAUUAGCACUGAUUUUGUGUCAUAUCAUUUGUCACGCGUCUUUAAGAAUGUUAUGUUGAAUAGGGAUGUUAAUUUUAUAGAUCUUUUUGUGAUGCUCAUCGCGGAUAAAAAUAAGGAGUCUAUACUGGACAUGUUGAGCAAAGAUUUAAAGACCGAUCAGCAGCGUUUGAACUUAUUAACACUUUCAGAAAUGUAUAACGUACAUCUCAGUGCACACAGUCAAGUGGAGGAAAUACGUAAUAAACGUUUAAAGCAAUUCUAUUACAUGGAAUUGUGCAAACUAGAUUCCAGCAUAAAAGGAAAAUUUAACGUAGAAACCGAUAAUAUACAGAAUCUGUUAAAAAUAUUUCACAAUAAGGAAUUGGAUGUGAAAUGGUUAGAGCGUAUGAGUCGUGACUUCAAUUUGGAUUAUCAGCAAAUGCUUAUAACACAGGUAACAAGCAUUUUAGUUGGUCAAGAGCUUAAAUAUGAAGUACAAACCGAUGCUUUUGCCGAGGAAGAACUUGUUGUGCUAAGCACUGUCAGUGAUAUACGAAAUUUGUGUCAACCCUAUCUGCACGCUAUAAAAAAUGUUGACUUGUUAACAACUAAGUUGUUGCAAUUAAUUGAUGAGAUCAACAUCUAUUUCUACGAACUCUAUUUAUAUAUAAUAGAAUUACUAGCGUUUUUCGACAAAAUGCCUAAAGAAAUGGAAAUUUGGCGAAGAAUAUUGCAAUUCCUUCAGCACAAAAUGAUAAAACGUCGUCGCAACCGUCCCGGCCCGCUAGAAACCGACAUGUGGUUGCAUUCGCAAAGUGAGAUGGGCGUAAUGCCAAAAAUUGCACGCUUCCGUUUGCCAUUCAAACCACUUAUAGAACAGCCGUUGAAAGAUAUUUUAGAUAACGAAUUGAGUGUGGAUAAUUGUGAAAGUUGGUUUCCACUAAUGCAGACGCAUACAAUGCUUAAAGGGUCAACUGAUGUGGCCAAAGUGCGCGAUUACUUGUGCAUGUCCGCGGUGAAGAACUCAAUUUCUGAAUAUAAAGCUAAAAAUGAGUCCGAAACAUGGCAUUUACAACCAACAAAUAAUGCAUUCCUUCAAUCGAUUCUCCGCCUCGUUAAACAUGUCACUAAUCCAUCGAAAGUAUUUAUGAUACUCUAUUUUGUUGCAAAUUAUGCACCGGAUGGUGCAGAUCAGGUGGAAGCUUCGUAUGAAUGUUAUAAAUACGCAUUGGAGCAUGGCGAUGUUAUUACUAAUGAAAAGUACCAGGAUCAAUUAAUCAAAAUCAAGCGAAAGUAUCCGAUACUAAAGACACAACAUUUGCUCUACAUUUAUGGUCUCACAGAUGAUAAGCUGCUACAGUUAGCUGAGGCUCCAAAAGAACUUAUUUACAAUCUUUAUCAUCACGAGCUAAUUUUGAAAUCCAGCAAGUCGGAUAUACAUACGGUAGCGAAAGAAAUUGCUCAAUUGCAUAAUUUAAAUUUGGAAACAAUGCAACUUCAAUUGCUGCAAAAAUGGUUGUCCUUCAGUACAGAUAGUGGAAAUCAAAAUAUGUUGGAAGAGACGUUUUUAGAUGAUCACAAUCCUGACGAACUGAAUGUAAAGAAUGAGGGCAAUGCAGCCGAAAAUAUUACAAGGGCUAAUUAUAUACUCAAUAGCUGGCCCACAAAACAGGCCAUAGAUUUUUUGGUUUCACAUAUUUUUCCAGCGGAUGGAAGCGUGAGCACUAGCAAACAGUUGCAAAUGUACGAAUGUUUUUCGAAACUAAAUGAUGGCAGCGAAUCCUUCAAAAGCGUCCUUAGUCAAAAACAGUAUAUCACCAUUAAAUGUGUGCACGAAUUGAAACAAUUGGGUUAUAAUUUGAGCUUGGAGAAAUUUACAAGUUGUAAUAAAAUCGAUAUAUUAAAGACGAUUUGGCAACGUAAUGCCCAGAAUCCACACACACUAGAAAUAUUGGCAAAUAUAUGCCUUGGCUUCGACAUAUACCAUUCUAAAAUCUGGAAUGGCAUAUUGAAGCGUAUGGCAAUGUUCAAUAUGGUGCGUGAGUUGAACGCACUGGUCGAUGUAUUAUCAUGUGAACCCAAGGUUCUAUACACGGAAGGUCUACAAGUUGCGUGGGAAUGUGUGCUAUGGCAGCCAUUUAAAGCUGCCAGCCAAGUGCGCUCAUUUGAACAGGAGGAAACUUUGCAAAAGGCGCUAUUUCGCUUACAGAGCUGCCCCAUCGUGCACAAGCUAAACUUAAUUGAAUUAGCUGAGCUAUGUAUAAAUUUAGAGCGUCCGCAUAUGGCAGCUGUCGCAAUGGCUUUAUGUCGCGAUGAGCUAAAACGGGAAGAAAUUAAAAAACUAAUUUUACCUAAAAAGAGCGAGCAAAUGGCAAAGGAUAUUCUGGAGUUGGAAGAUGCUGGACUGCUUUCUGUGAUACUAAGCUUUGCACAGAAGGAGCUGGGACUUUAGAUAUAAAGAUGAUAUUUUUUAACAAGGAAAUUUUGAAUUUAUAUCAAUGAAUUACGUAAUAUAAAUAUGUAAAUAGA